AUGCUUGAUGCGCCAGCAAACGUUCCCUUCUAUUGCCACAGGACUCUGGAGCAGCAGCUACUUAACCCCCCAGGCCGCUCUCGUCGAUGUUGCAAGUUUGACCCUCGAAGCUCUCUUACCUUCCGAGAUGGGCGUGUUCUUCAACUUUUCGGUUGCGCUCUUCUCCGCGCUGGGAUCCUUUCUGUUUGUUUGCUGGCGGCUGUUUUUUUCGGGGCCGCAGCUGCUGGUUCAUUAGCCACUCGGAUCGGUCGGAAGCGAACUAUUCAGCUGGGGGCUCUCGUCGCGGUUCUUGGAUGCAGCCUCCAAGCUGGCGCGCGAAACGUAUCGUACCUUAUCGUCGGGCGGCUGAUCGCAGGAUUGGCAAUUGGAUGGCGAACAUCAGUUGUUCCAUUAUACCAAAGCGAAAUCUCCCCACCGAAGCUGCGCGGGUUCUUGACAGGCUUAACUCAAUUCAUGAUUGCCAUCGGUUUCUUGGUUGCGAAUUGGGUGGGCUAUGGCUGCCAGUUCAUCAGAAGCAAUGCACAGUGGCGCGUGCCGCUUGCCAUCCAGAUAAUCCCCGCCGCAUUGCUGUUUGUUGGAAUGUUCGUCCUUCCAUUCUCUCCACGGUGGUUGGUCGACAAAGGACGCAUUGAAGAAGCACGGAAGGUCGUGCAGCAGCUUCAUGGAGAUGGCCAUAAUCGAGAGUUCGUCGACCUCGAGUUUGCAGAAAUGCUAGAGCAAAUUCGGUAUGAACAAGCGCACUACUCCACGAAAUUCUCGGACCUGUGGGCGACGAAGCCGAUGCUGAGAAGAACUUUAACGGGGAUGGCGGUACAAAUAUGUACCCAGUUCACCGGAAUUAAUGUUGCAUCGUACUUUCAGCCAACGCUUUAUGCGGACCUGGGACUGAGUGGCCCCCGAGUUUUGAUGAUAACAGGAAUCAACGGCGCUCUCGGAGCAGUUGUUGUUCUUCUCUUCAUUUUCUUUGUCUUGGAUCGCGUUGGAAGAAAACCUCCGCUCAUUCUAGGGGCCAUUGGAAUGGCGAUCUCCCUCGCGAUUGAGGCUGCUAUCAACGCCAAGUGGGGAGGGCCAAACUCGAACAACCGAACAGCACAGACAACAGGCGUGGCGUUCAUCAUCAUCUUCACCUCCUUCUUCUUCAGCAUCAGCUUUGGACCCGUCUCGUGGGUCUACCAGAGCGAAAUUUUCCCAAUGCGCGUUCGCGCUAUCGGGACCGCUGUUUGCACCUGCGCGAAUUGGGCCUGUAACGUGCUUAUCUCGCAAGUGUCGCCGCUGGGCAUGAGCAGGUUGAAAUAUAAAUUUUAUCUUCUCUUUGUCUGCACAAACAUUGCCAACGCAUUCAUUGUCUUGUUCUUCUUCCCCGAAACUAAGGGCAAGAGCUUGGAAGAGAUGGAUGCAGUUUUCGGCGACCAAGAGAUACCUCACGCGCUCGAGACGAAGCAAAUGCAGAAUGUGGACUCGUCUGACCAGGAGAAAAUGGCUGAUGAGCGCGUUUCUGAUGUCUGA